CUCUGGCGGGGUCUUUUGAGAAGUACGUAUAGUCUCGAUUAGAUUGUUGAGCUGCACACAACAUCGAGCAACCGCAACACUUUGGGACUUUCGGGCUACUCGGUGUCCGUGCGGCGCCCCGAAGACGGAGUUACGAAGUAUCAUGGUGGGGAUGGUCUCGCCGGAUUCCCAAUGGGAUUUCAAGGAGAAAUGGAAAGCGGGGCGGAUCUCUCGGGAAUUCGUGCUGCCAGUCGAACCAUUCUGUCACCAUUCUUCCAUGGCCAUUCUCCAUCUUCGCCACGGGUGAGCACGGGAAGACAUGUGGAUGGCAUAUCCCAGCAUUCGGGAUGCGUUAUCCUUUUCUGCCAUCUGUAUUUCCUACCAUCACACUUUUGCCGUGUGGCAUACAUAAUACUGAUGAGUGAUAUAUCUCUGGCGCUGUUGAUCUUGAAUCCCGAGCGUCUCUUUACCAGACUUUAUGUCCGAUGCCCGUGGUGUUGCUGGAACGCAGGAAUGAUAAUGGCAAUUGCUUUUCGGGCGACUCAGGCAAGGAUCCAAAGCAAACGGCAGUUUCGAUCAUGCUACAAUCUGCAACGACUCGCUGGUUUGAGAAUGAAACGGACUCUGAUCACAGCGGAAAAAAAACACCCGUUAGUAAGCUCUCAACAGCGACCCAAUUGCUUACAGCUUCUUGAUAGCUCGGUGAUGAUGGUUCUUAGCGCACUUUUCGUAUUCGGAUCGCCCAAGACUCGGGCGCUCCACACGAUCGACAUUUUAACUCUAGCGCCUCACAGAGUGUGGCAGCAGAACAGGCUGAACAGCUACCCAAUCACGUUAGAGAAUGGGACAAAGCUGUGGUAGAAUAUCUAUCCCAAGCCUAGAACGUGGGAUGGUAGUUUUCAGAGGCUCUGGCAGAAACUCUAAUACCAACCUUCUAUCAAAAGACCUGCCGGGGUUCAGGCCAACGGCAAGUUCAUGUGGUAACCGGACUAAUUGAUGGUGCUAUCAUUGAGGUGCGGUAUCAUGGCGAUAACGUAGCUUAUGUAAUAAUCAUCAACAUGGGAGGAAGGAGCCGUCGCAGUACAUACUUGCAACCCCCCGUCGCUGCUGCACUGUUGCCUAAGCCCUUAUGGGAAGCUCAUUCGAGAUGAACAACUUCCCUUCUCCGCAAA